UCAACCUUAGACCUCCAUGGCCGAAACUUAGACCGUCAUUUUGAAUCCGAGAUGAGGACAAUUCGUCCUCACUGUUUCAUCUCAGACCUUCGGUUUCGCCGAUGCCACAAAAAUCUCUGCACUCUUCCUAAAUCAUUGGCCGGAGACAAUGACGAAAACGACUCUCACUUCGUGUCGAUCCUCAGCGGCAUCGUCCGAGGAAACCAGAGCUGGAAAACGGCUCUCGACGACGCCUUCAUUUCCGCCACGUUGAAGCCCCACCACGUUGAGAAGCUUCUCAUCCGAACUCUCGACGACUCCAGGUUAGCCUUGAGAUUCUUCAACUUCUUGGGCCUUCACAAGGAGUUCAACCACUCGACGGCGUCGUUUUGCAUUCUGAUUCACGCUCUCGUUCAGUCUAACCUAUUUUGGCCGGCGUCUUCGCUGUUGCAGACCCUCCGCCUUCGAGGUUUGAGCCCUAACGAAUUGUUUGACUGCUUUCUGAAUUCUUAUGAGAAUUGCAAGUUUGGUUCGACUUUGGGAUUUGAUUUGUUCGUCCAAAAUUACGUGCAGAAUAAGAAAGUCUUUGAUGGUGUUGUGGUUGUGAGGCUCAUGAGGGAGAAUAGAUUAUUGCCUGAGGUUAGAACUUUGAGUGCCCUUUUCAAUGGGCUUGUGAGAAUUAGACAAUUCAAUGUUGUUUUAGAACUUUUUCACGAGUUUGAGAAUGUGGGUAUCUCGCCUGAUGUUUAUAUGUACACUAAUGUUGUUCGAAGUUUAUGUGAAUUGAAGGAUUUUGACCAAGCUAAGGAAGUGAUUAAGAGUGCUGAAUCAAAUGGGUGUGCUUUGAGUGUAGUUACAUAUAAUGUGUUGAUUCAUGGGCUGUGCAAGAGCCAUAGGGCUUGGGAGGCUGUUGGAGUUAAGAAUUUGUUGGGUCAAAAAGGGUUAAAAGCUGAUGUAGUCACAUAUUGUACUUUGGUACUUGGGUUUUGCAGAGUGCAGGAGUUUGAGAUUGGUGUGGAUUUAAUGGAUGAGAUGAUGGAAUUGGGGUUUGUCCCGAGUGAGGCUGCUCUUUCGGGUCUGGUGGAUGGGUUGAGGAAGAAGGGGAAGAUUGAAGAUGCUUUUGAUUUGGUAAAUAAAGUGAGUGGAGUCGGAGUUGUACCUAAUUUGUUUGUUUACAAUUCGCUGAUUAAUUCUUUGUGCAAAGAUGGGAAGAUAGACAAGGCGGAGUCGCUUUUUAGUAACAUGGAUAAGAAGGGUUUGUUUCCGAAUGACAUUACUUAUUCCAUUUUGAUAGAUUCUUUCUGUAGAAGGGGUGAACUAGAUGUUGCAGUGCGCUAUCUUGACAAAAUGAGUGACACUGGGAUCAGAGCAACGGUGUAUCCGUACAAUUCUUUGAUCAAUGGGGAAUGUAAAUUCGGGAGUUUAACUGCAGCGGAGACUUUCUUCACUGAGAUGAUUAGCAGAGGAUUGGUGCCAACUGUUGCAACCUAUACAUCUCUGAUAGAUGGAUACUGCAAAGCUGGAGAAAUCCACAAGGCUAUUAGGCUAUAUCAUGAAAUGAUAGGGAAGGGCAUUGCACCAAAUGUUUACACCUUUACUGCACUUAUCUCUGGUCUUUGUCGUGCAAAUAGGAUGCCUGAAGCGAAUGAUUUGUUCGAUGAAAUGGUAAAAAGGAAUAUCAUGCCUAAUGAGGUGACUUACAAUGUCAUGAUAGAGGAGUACUGUUGCGAAGGCAACACAACAAGAGCCUUUGAACUGCUUGAUGAAAUGGUAGAGAAUGGUCUUACGCCUGAUACAUACACUUAUAGACCUCUAAUAAGUGGUCUGUGUUCUACAGGCAGAGUUUCUGAAGCCAAAGAGUUUGUAGAUGACCUUCAUAAAGAGAAUCGUGACUUAAAUGAGAUGUGUUAUAGUGCACUGUUACAUGGUUACUGCAAGGAAGGGAGAUUAAAGGACGCAUUGAGUGCAUGUCGUGAAAUGAUUGAAAGAGGAGUCAACAUGGAUCUGGUUUGUUAUGCCAUACUAAUUAAUGGAACUCUAAAGCAACAGGAUACAAGAAAGUUAUUCAGUCUCUUGAAGGCGAUGUGUGAUCAACAAUUGAGGCCUGAUAACAUUAUAUAUACAAGUAUGAUUGAUGCAUAUGGAAAAUCAGGAAAGUUAAAGGAGGCAUUUGGAGUUUGGGAUAUAAUGGUUGGUGAAGGAUGCAUUCCUAAUGUUGUAACGUAUACUGCUUUGAUACAUGGAUUAUGCAAGGCAGGAUAUACGACUCAAGCUGAGCGUCUUUGUGAGCAGAUGCUGAUUAGCGAUUCUCCUCCCAAUCGCAUAACAUAUGGUUGUUUCUUAAACCACCUUAUCAAUGACGGAAAUAUGGAGAAAGCCACACAGCUGCACAAGGCCAUGCUUGAAGGGCUUUUAGCCAACACUGUAACAUAUAAUAUGCUCAUUCAUGGUUUCUGCAAAAUGGGUAAAUUUGAGGAGGCUUCUGAGCUCCUGGUUGGGAUGAUGAACAACGGUAUUUUUCCAGAUUGCAUCACCUAUUCAACCCUUAUUUACGAGUAUUGUAAAAGGGGCAAUUUGCAGGAAGCUACUAGACUAUGGGAUACCAUGCUAGAUAAGGGUUUAAAGCCUGAUGCACUGGCGUAUAACUUUUUGAUACAUGGUUGCUGUGUCACCGGAGAACUGACCAAGGCAUUCGAAUUGCGUGAUGACAUGAUGAGAAGAGGGUUGAUGCCAAAUCAAUUCACAUAUAGCUCACUCAUGCAAGGAACGUGCUUGGCAAGCACAGUACAGCCCGCUGGUGGCUAGGCAUGCUUGAAGAAUCAUCUCUAUUACGUCUGUUUAAUAAAGAACCAAGACAUUUCCAUGACCCUCCUAUUCCGAGAAUCCCUUGGGAAAUUUUGUACAUUACUUCGACUUUGUAAAGUAGGAGUUGAUGAAAGGAGGAUGUGACAUCAAAUAAAAUUUUUAAA